UUAAGAAGAAAGAAUACGUAAAGUGAAAACACGCGUGGCUACUAAAUUCACAACAAACAGAUACAGAUCCAUAUCCUCCACCCACUCCGUCCAAGCCUCAGCCCUCGACGGACUCCGCACCUUCCCCUUCUAACACCGCCUACGGCCCGAUUUCUCCCAGCUUCGGUGCCUCCGCGCUCCAGAGACCUUUACUUGUUUCCAGUGGUCGCCUAUUAGACUUUUCUAUAAUUAUUGCAAUCGUAUUAGGUUCCCUUGUGAUAUAUGUGCCAUGAAGUUCUUGGAGUACACUCCGCUUGAUCAUAUAAGUGAGUUUUUGAGUCAUGUGAAUCUAGGAGAACGCACUGUUAAAUGCUCUCUUGAAGCAUACUCUUGCAAACACACUGGAACGGAUAAGAAGUUGUCUUUCAGUUUGGAAAAUGAGAUUCUUGAUUACCUCGGAAAGUCAUCUGACACCGACUCAUCUUCACCGGUUGAUUAUCUAUGUUGUAGAUCCAGCCGAAAGACAUUGAUUUAUCUGCUCCUUACACUGAAUCACAUAUAUCCAGAUCACGACUUCAGUGCAGUGAAUGCUCACCAAUUUUUUACUGAAGAAAACUGGGAUAGUUUUAAGCAGGCAUUUGAUACUUACAUGUCUGAGGCAUCCAAGGAAUGGAUUGAGACACAUGAAGACAGUACUCUGCUAGAGACAUUGUACAAGGCCUUGGAUGAGGUUGUGAAAGUCUCUGACUGUGAAGUUUAUAGCUACAAUCCCGAGGCUGACGCAGAUCCACUUCACGAAAAAGGAACCUUAUGGGCAUACCACUUCUUCUUCUACAAUAGGAGGUUGAAACGCAUUGUCAGCUUCCGCUUUAGCUGUGUGAGCAACUUGGCUUCAGCAGAUGAAUUAAAUAACCAGGAAGAAGAUGGAUACAUAUUCUUCGAUGGCAUGGACAUGUGAAGAAGCAAGAAAGCAAGACACUGCUGUUAAUAUGUGUGUAUGUAGAUCAUGAACAAAUAUGUGAUUACUACUCUGUAUUAGGUCGCAACUGGAUCUUAUGUAUACAUUACCAAGGCCACGGGGAACUUGGGAUGAAUGACCAAAGCCGGGCAUGGUUGCAAAUCAUUUUGGGAGAUAAUUUUUCUUUUUUCUUUUCA